UAUGAGGUUUUGAACAUGUGCCGUCCAGUGAUGAAGAGCCUAGACUUGGGAAUCCUCCUGCGUGCUCAUAUUUGGAGCAAGAAGAACAUGGGAGAGAAGAGAGGGAGAGGUGACCUGAAUGGCUUCAGGAUAUACCUAGACGAGCUCCGACCCUCACAGGUAGAGUGGGAUCCUUGGAGAGUGGCAGAGCCAAAGCCUGAAUACCUGGCUAGGAGCAGGGUUGUGACAGCAAGCAGAGUGCUGCUCGAGUCGGCAUUUGGUUGGCAGUGGUACUUGGGUGACCGAGUGACGCGCCAGUCACUUGGCUAUGCAGGAUUCCAGGUGCCCGGACCGCUUCCACCACGAGCCUCACACACUGGGGAGUACACGCUGGCCGAGUUAGAGAUCUUCACACAGCCUGACACCGACUUGACACGCUACCUGUGUCCCGGCAUGGACUAUGCAGUUUACCAGAGAGAGCGCUUGGCGGGGCCGCUGAGAGUGCAAGAGUUCAGGGAGGUCCGGAGUCAGGCUCGUGGAGCUACUGAGGAGAGGAGAGCCAUUACCGUGAGGCAGAGUAAUGGCGAAAGUCGUGUGAGACGGGGCCCGAGUGGACCGGUGAGAGGUGGGCCACUAGAGUUGAGGUGGCAGAUAGCAGUGGUGGACUCUCAAGGCAAUCUAGCUGAGCUACAUCUAAUCCCUGCCAGAGUUGAGCCAGCGCCCGUUACCGUGCCGGUGUCCAAUGAGUGGGUGAACGAGGCUGUUCGGCGCAUGCUUGCACUAGAGAACGUGAUAAGGUGAGCGGCAAGUGGCUUUCCUUUGGACUUGCGCUACCCACCACCGGCGGCUCAGAGACCUCAGGUAUAUCCUUCAAAACAAACGAUACAUUCCUACAUUCGAUACUUGACAUAUG